AUGGUCCGCCACAAGAAAGACAACUUCGGCUCUCGCGGUCGCAAGAACCACACCUCGGGACCUCCGCGACAGCGCCAGCCCCGAGAUGGCGACGACGCUGAAGCACCCACCUCCCGCCCGACUUUCAAGGCCGCCUGCUGGGACCUGGGCCACUGCGACCCCAAGCGAUGCUCAGGCAAGAAGCUGAUCCGCAUGGGCAUGAUGCGCGACCUUCAUGUUGGCCAGCGCCAUAACGGAGUCAUCAUCACCCCCAACGGCAAGCACACCGUAUCCCCGGCCGACCGCGACCUCAUGGAGCAGUACGGCGCCGCCGUGGUCGAGUGCAGCUGGGCGCGCAUGAAGGACGUGCAAUGGAACAAGGUUGGAGGAAAGUGCGAGCGUCUGCUGCCAUAUUUGGUGGCUGCGAACACGGUCAACUACGGCAAGCCGUGGAAGCUGAACUGUGUCGAGGCGCUGGCUGCGGCUUUCUAUAUCUGUGGACACCCCGAGUGGGCGGAGCAGGUUCUGGCGCCUUUCUCUUAUGGCGAGGCGUUCUUGGAGAUCAACGGGAGUCUACUGAAGAAGUACGCGGCGAGCGAGGACGAGAAGGGCGUGAAGAGGGUUCAGGACGAGUGGUUGGACAGGCUUGAUAAGGAGUACGCGGAUAGCAGAGAAGAGGCUGACGCCGAUGACAUGUGGAAGGGAGGAAACACAAAUCGGAGAGUUAUACCCGAUUCCGAUGAAGAGGAAGAUGACGAGGAUGAGGACGAUGAGAGCGGGGAGGAGUCCAGCGAGGGUGAUAGUGCCGACGGCAUAUACCUAGGCAAGAAGCCUGCGAAAGACGAGGAGGAAGAGGAAGAAGACAAAGACCCGUACGCUAUAUCAGACGACAGCGACGAAGAUGCGGCCAUGGAGGAGAUCCGUCGUAAGGUGCUCGCAUCAAAGACGUUCUCGAAUCCUGCGGCAGAGGAGAAGAAAAAGCCCGAGGCGAUACCGCGUCCGCAGACCCUGAAGCCGGACUCGGAUGUUGAGCCAGACUCGGACAAUGGGGAAGAUGACGAUGAUUUCGACAACAUCAUCAAUGCCACGCCCGUCACCGACAAACUAGGCUUGGCCAAACUCGAGAAGGAACGGUCACAGUCGACAGUGACAAGUAGGACGUUCUCGUCAAGCACCAUCUCCGCACCAAAGCGAUGGUAA